AUGAGUCGGGUCGUUAGUCGGACGGCUCCAGGUGGAACUUGCGUACUUAACAAGGAUGACUUCAAGAAAUCAUUUGAAGAUGUACCCAAAAUAACCGUGUCAUCUCCCGCGGACGCAAAAGCUAAAUUUGACAAGGUUAUAGCGAUUUUGUCAAAAAGCCAAGAGGACUGGAACAAAAGAAGAGAACAAUUGCAAGUUAUCCGAUCCAUUGUUAUUCACGGUGAAGAGAUUAUUGGGAGAGAUCAACUUUUGAGCCAACUUGUGCGCCUGACAGAUUGCCUCGACCUUUCUGUCAGAGAUCUCCGAUCUCAAAUCCUAAGAGAAGCUGCCGUAACGUGCAGUUUUCUUUUUGAAAGAUAUGGAAAUGAUGUGCAUCAGAUUGCCGAAAGAUGUCUGCCAUCUGCCUUCUCGCAGCUAGCAGUUAGUACCAAAGUUAUGGCAACUUCUGGAGCAACACUAGCUCAAUUCCUAGUUCAAUAUGUUCAAACGAAACAAAUAUUCACUUGCAUCACAUCAUAUGCUACAUCGAAGGAUAAAAACCAAAGACGGCAGUUAUGUCUAAUGCUGGAAAUCGUGAUUGAGCACUGGAAUGACAAACUGAAAAAAACAGUUCUCGUACAAAUCGCUGAGCUAAUCAAGUCUGCAAUUUCUGAUGCUGAUCCGGAAACAAGAACCGCUGGAAGAAAGGCUUUCAAUAAGCUCGAUUCGAUGCAUCCAGAAGAAGCGGAUAAGUUAUUCGCUUCGGUCGAUGCUUCCAGACAGAAAAUGCUUCGAGCAAACGAUGCGGCUUCCUCGAGUACAAGUAUAAACAGUGAGCGUGGAACUGCUCCGUUCAGAUCUAAGUUAUCGGCAGGAAGUAUUGGUGGAAUUAGGAAUGUUCCGAACAUUUCAUCAAAAUUCCUUGCUCAACGCAGUGCCUCUGCCAUCGACACAAAGCAAAUAACUCGUAUGACCACAUCUGUAUCUAGAACUCCUAAUACGAAACCAAUGACUACAAGAACUCUGUCAAAAGUUGAUACAUCACCAGGAGGUUCCAAAUUUGCAAGACCAACGAUGGGAACACUUGGACCACGUACAACGUCUAAUUUACGAGCACGAGGAGGAGUACCCUCGUCCCAACCUAGUUCACGGAAUGGAUCACCGCCACGUCGACCAUCAACAACUGGAACACUUCCAACAGAAAUGCAACGUGUCAAAUCUAACCUUGGUUCAAGCUCCUUCGUUUCGUCUUUGACAUCAGAACAAGCGGAAAGUUUACAGAAAGCCAUGAACACGGCUAAGGAGAGCCUUGGCCAACCUUCACGUACCGAUGAUGAUGAAUUCCUACUUCCGAAGCGUCCAAAACCUCCACAGAGUCUUCAUACUCCACAAAAAACCGCUGUUGACAUAUCGAAAGUGGAAGCUGUGAUUCGAGCGUGUUCAUCAACUUCAGCCAAUGAAAAGAGAGAUGGCAUCAAAUCAUUGUCUAGCAUUGUUUCGGACCCAAGUUUAAGUCCUAUCGAGCUCAAAAAUAUUGGUCAAGUUUUGAACAGACUUCUGGGUGAGGCAACAAAUCCUAUUGUCUUGGAGUCGGUGGCCUCAUUUGUCAAAGCUCAUCAUUCUCGUCUUUCGGACUGGCUCAAACUUGGACUCGGAAAGAUGUUCUCAAAGAAAGGAUCCGAAAUGAUGCAAAACAUGAAAAAACAAAUCUCCAAAACUAUUAAUAUUAUUUUGUCUUCAUUUGAUCCAGCUUUGCAACUGAAGGCUACGUGUGAGUUAAUGUGUGAUCCGAUUCAUUUGCUGACUCCAAAAGCUCGUGUCGCACUUCUCGAGUAUCUUAUUGAAUUGCUUGAAAAGCAUAUGGAACGCGGUUCGCACUUCAACACUAAAGAAGUAAAAGCCACAAUUCUAAAAAUGUUCUCAUGGAUGACCGACCAGAGAAACGCGCAAUUGAUUACUCCGCAUGGCGAGAAAGUUCUUUGUGCAUUAUUUGCAUUGAACGGGGCCGACUUCUCAGCUCUGUUCAGCGAGUUCAAUCCAGAUUAUCGCGACUGGGCUUACCGCAUUCUUCAAUCGCAUGGACACAAUCAACAUGCUCCACCAUCUGAAACACCAUCACCUGGACGUGACGCGCAUGUUCGGGCCAAUAUUUCGAAUACUGCUGCGCAAAUCGAGGAUUUCGUUAUCGCUCGAAAUCAUGAAUUAUCUGCUGAAAAGUCACCAUUGUCGAGAGGAUUGUUAUCGUCGGGAUACAAAAGGGUGGAUGCUGAGCCGUUGCGCCCAUUAACAUCCGAAAUGAACACUCAACGCGUAGAAGAAGAGAUUAGUUUCAACGAAUCUUUUGACAGAUUGAAGCUCAAUUCCACAACUCAUCUGAUCGACGAUGUCAGGGAGCAAAGCGAAUAUGUUACUUCGAAACUUGCUCAAGUGUCAGAAGGUUCAGGAACAGAACAAUACGAAGGUCUUAUGUCCAUUCAAACGAUGCUUUGUGAAGGAUCUUUCACAUUGUGGGAACAAAAUUUUCCGAAGCUUCUUAUUGCUGUGUUUGAUGUUCUCUCCAAAAGUCAAUCUGAUCAGAACAAGAAAGUUGCACUGCGUGUUCUAACGAGGAUGUGCACGUCACAAGCAUCUCGUUUGUUUGAUUCGACGGAGAUCGCGAUCUGUAAAGUACUUGAAGCAGCUGUAAACUCAACAGAUGGAACUAUGAAUGUGACAGUAGAUGACUGUUUGAAAACGCUCGCAACGCAUCUACCGCUGGCCAAGAUUGUGAAUGUGUCACAAUUGAUUUUAAAAGAGGAGAAAGUUCAAGAGGCGAAGGCUAGUCUGGUGCUGAAAAUGAUGACAAAACUUUUCGAAGGGCUUCCUGCAGAUGAAUUGACUCCAAUUAUUGAUGAUUUGGCUCCAUGUGCAAUUCAGGCUUAUGACUCUCCAUCGUCUGGAGUUCGCAAAACAGCAGUUUACUGCUUGGUCGCUAUGGUCAACAAGCUGGGAAUGCAGGCUAUGAACCCACAUCUGCAACGUCUUUCGUCUGGAAAAAUGAACCUCGUUCAGGUUUAUGUAAAUCGAGCCAUGUCAUCAAGUUCUCAUUCCCAUGUUUGA